AUGACUCGGGCAGCCGAGGCCCUCUCAGCCGACGGGAAGCGGUCCGAGGUGGCUGGCAGGAACGGCACGCGGCGGCAGUGCUGGGGUGCAGUGGCGGAUAGGGCGGGCGCGCGACCAGGGCGACUCCUGGGCCCCCCCGGCCUCAGAAUAUCAGCCCGGGCCCAAACAGAGUUGCGCGGCGGAAACCGGGCUGCAGGACCACCGGCCCGCCAUGCCAGUCAAGAAGGGCUCCCCAGGCCGCGGACCCUGGCCCUGGCUCUGGCCGCCUUCCGUCCGACCCUGGCCGCACUACCACUGCCGCCGCUCCCAGGCUACCUGACACCACUGCCAGCUUCGGCCGCCCUGCCCCGGCCGCCUCGCUACCGCCGCGACCGCCGGCUGCGAGGCGCGCUGGUGGCUCCGUCCUCCGCUCGCCGCCGCCUCUACCUGAAUACACAGGGCCGCCCGUACCCCUCCACCUGCCCGGGACCCCCUGGCCCUCGAGCGCUUCUCUGCGGCCCGCAGCGCGGACUUCCAGCCGCUGCUCGACAAGCGGCGAGCCGUCCAUCGAGGUCGGAGUGCGGCAUAACCGCGCUACUUGCAUUUUCUCUGCCAGAACAGCAAAAGGUCAGUCAUCACGCCACCGGCUCACCCAACAGUUCCAAUUCGUCAGCAGCGGAAAGCGGGGCUGAAGCGCAGCAUCACCACAAGUGCGGCCGCCACCAUCCUCCUCCGCUCCCCGAGGACCCUGGUCGGGACCCCUCAUUCUGCCUGGGAGACUCCGUCUCCGCCCAGAAGGGCGCUGCAGCUCCGGGGCUGCAGCAGGAACCUCCCCACCAGCCCUCCCAGCCCCCCCGCCCCCACAUGUUUGGUCGCCCAGCAGUGGACCAGGUCACGCACUGGGAAUCCCAGGUCCUGGCAGCGCCGUUCACCUGCGCGCUGAAUCCCUUCCUGGGCCCAGUUCCCAGUCCCCUGAACAGGCAGAGGAACCGGGGGCGGCUGGCAGACAAGAGGACGGUUGCCCUCCCCACUGCGCGGGUCCUAAAGAAGGAGCUGACCACCAGCUUCUCGGCCAGUGAUGGUGACAGCGAUGGGAACGGCCCCGCCUAUGGGCAGCGGCCAGGCUUGAAGCAGGAGGACACCCCACAUGUCCGUAUCAUGAAGAGAAGAGUCCACACCCACUGGGACGUGAACAUCUCCUUCCGAGAGACGUCCUGCAGCCAGGACAGUGACCUGCCCACCCUCAUAUCCAGCGUCCAUCGUAGCCGCCACCUCGUUAUGCCCGAGCAUCAGAGCCGCUGUGAAUUCCAGAGAGGUGGUGUGGAGAUCGGCCUGGGAGCUGCAGGUGACCUGUUGGGCAAGAGGCCAGGCCGCACCCCCCACGUCAGCGGUGAGUGCCCACUGGAGAAGAAGGCACGAAGCAAGCCACCCCAAGAGACUCUGUUGCUGCCAGAACUAGGGCCCAGCAUGGCCCCUGAGGAUCACUACCGCCGGCUUGUGUCUGCCCUGAGUGAGGCCGGCACCUUUGAGGACCCGCAGCGUCUCUACCACCUGGGCCUCCCCAGCCACGGCACCAUGGGGGGACUCUUCAUGGAUGGGGAGGAGGCCACAGCCCCUGAGGACCUCAGCAAGUGGACAGUGGACGAUGUCUGCAGCUUUGUGGGGGGCCUUUCUGGCUGUGGAGAAUAUGCACCGGUCUUCAGAGAACAGGGGAUCGACGGGGAGACCUUGCCCCUGCUGACAGAGGAGCACCUCCUGACCACCAUGGGGCUGAAGCUCGGGCCUGCUCUCAAGAUCCGGGCCCAGGUGGCCAAGCGCCUGGGCCGAGUCUUCUACAUGGCCAGCUUCCCUGUGGCUUUGCCACUGCAGCCACCAACACUACGGGCCCCAGAGCGGGAGCUCACCUCUGGAGAGCAGGCCCUGUCCCCAGCAUUGGCCCCUUCCCCCUAUGGUGGGGGGCACCCCCCUGCUGGGAGAGCCUCGCCCAAGCAAGAGAAUGGAACUGUGGCUCUACUCCCAGGGCCUGCAGACCCCUCCCAGCCUCUGUGCUAA